GAUCGUCGCACUACAGACCGGAAACCGGAACCGGAAGCGACAGUGUCUUAAUGUCUCCACUGGUGUUGAUGGGAUGUAAAAAACACACGUGGACAUUUGUAUCGCUCAUCCACAGAAGACUUUGUGCCGGAAGGAGCUUGAUCUGUCCCUCUGCUCUAUUCUCUUCUGCCUCUACAGUCUCACCCAGCCUGUCAUUUCCUCCUGCACCCACCCAGAGUCUCUUGACAAACCGACAAAUCCCAGUUUCCCUGCAUCCACCUGCUCAUCUCUCCUCCACUCGCUCCCUCUUGCACUCCACUCCCUGUUGCAGCGUGAUGGAGCUAAAGGAGGUUCUGCAGGUGCUGGAGCAGCUCGCUCCUCUGGCACUCGCCGAGUCGUGGGACAACGUGGGCCUGUUGGUGGAGCCCAGCAAAUCCCGGCCUAUUAAAAACAUCCUGCUCACCAACGACCUCACAGACGUCGUCAUGGAGGAGGCAGAGGCCAUGAGCUGUGACCUCAUCAUCUCCUAUCACCCUCCGUUGUUUCGGCCAAUCAAGCGUCUUGUUCAGGGCGAUUGGAAGCAGCGGUUGGCCGUGCGGGCAGUGGAGGCGGGGAUGGCGAUCUUUUCCCCUCACACCUCAUGGGACAGUGUUAAAGGAGGGGUGAACGACUGGCUGGUGGGGGGGCUUGGUAGCGGCCAGGUGUCUGUGCUGAGUCAGGCCCUCUGCGGUGCUUCCCACAGUCACAAACUGGAAUUCACAGUCAGGAACACAGAGGAACUGAACUCUGUGAUGGAGGAACUGAAGGCUUGUGCUGGUGGAGCGUCGCUGCAGCAUUCUACCAGCAGAGCAGACAACGGUGGGAUCCGUGUCGGUGUCACCUGCAGUGACUCAGUGCUGCCCCUCAGUGUUCACACUUUGCUACCGCACACUGCAGCCAGUCAGUCCCUGAACAUCCUAAAAUUGGAGAAGUCUCCUCUCCCAGGACAUGGUCAAGGGCGACUCAGUGUUUUGGACCAGCCUGUAACUGUGGCAACAGCCAUCCAGAAAAUGAAGUCUCACCUGGGUCUGAAUCACCUGCGUUUGGCCAUAGGAUGGGGGCAGACACUAGAGUCCUCUGUGUGUACUGUGGCUGCAUGUGCCGGAUCAGGAGCAUCAGUACUGAAUGGGGUCAAAGCAGACCUCUACAUCACAGGUGAGAUGUCCCACCACGAGGUCCUGGACGCUGCUGCGAAGGGAACCAGCGUCAUCCUCAGCGAUCACAGCAACAGUGAGCGAGGUUUUUUGACGGUGUUCAGGGAAAGACUGGCCGUGCGUCUUCCUGACACGGUCACAGUGGCCGUGUCCAAGGCUGACAAGGACCCCCUGGAGGUUGUCUGACCACUUGCACGUGUUUUGAUCAGAGUCACUCGUGUGCGCUUAGACCAAAUGUUUGUGAGAAGAUUGCAUUAAAAAAAACAAAAAAAACCCCCUCUUCAUUCAGGCCCUUUAUAUAAAGCUGAGCUUAAAACAACAGAAGAGUGAGAGCCUCAUAUAAUGAUGACAGCGCUUCCUGGUACAUGUUCUAUGUAUUUGUGGCAGGCUUAUAAUGAAAUGUGCCCUGGUUGGUCAAAAACAGAGUGAAUCAUGUCGUCUGUCAUCUAAAUGCAUGCAGUGGAUUUAUUUACACACAGCAAAUUGUGUGAUUUAAUCCUGAUCAUCUGUGACCUCAAGUGUGUCCUUCACUGGGUGUGCAGAGAUGAUUUCAGCAUCCACAAGAUUGUUUGCAUCAAGCAAAUGAUGAGACUGAGGAAGACUAAUAAUGACAUUCACUUUAUUAAUAUAACACUUUUUACGUGCUUUCCAGAUAAAACUAAAUAAGAGGAAACAUUAGAAAUGUAUACCAACCCCAACCUUAUUAGUGGGACAUAUUAAGCAGCAAGGAGCUCAUACCUGAAGUGAUUCUUCUUCUUCUUCUUAUAAUAAUAAUAAUAGUAUUAUAGUUGCAUGAAGAAAUGUGAUAUGCUGUGCACACCCCUGUACUGAGAACCAGACUGACACACUCACUCUCAAGACUCUAAAGUCCAUGACGACUUGAAUCUGUGGUAUCUUAACAAUACUGUAUAUUCACCACUUCAUCUCACCAUUUUGACGGGAAACUGAGGUUUGUGUCACGUUGUAAAGCGCUCACUCUCCGUGCUCACGGACAGAUCAGGGUGCAGUCGUAUGUCUCUUUGGACAUUGGGUCUAGUUAACAUGCCAGCGUGUCCUUGGGCAAGACAUUGAACCCCUCAUUGCUCCUGAUUGCUGUGCCGGCAGCGUGUCAAUGAGUAUGAAAGUGUGAGUGAAUGGGUGAAUGGCUGAAAAACUGUGGUGACGAGAAAAGUGCUAAAUAAAUGGACCUUUGACUCGA